CGCCAAAACUUUUUUCUCCAUCGCCAUUCUUGCUUGAAGGGCCAUCAUUGAUCGAUCUAUAUACUAAUCUACAUUGGUUGUAGUUCCUAAUUUUCAUGACACACACAAACACAAUGGAGAACACUUGGAGGAAAUAUCUCCAUGCCAAAAUCCACCCAAUUCUCGCUCUAUUCUGCCUCUCCUCCUUCGUCCACCACCUUGUCUUAGCUGUUCCCGAUCAGUCACUGUAUCCUUACCAGCCAAGGGAAAACCUAAUUAUUGCUUGUGGCUCGUCUGACAACUUCAUCUCUCAAGAUAAGCGGCCCAUACUUGGAGAUAACAGCUCUCAGCACUCCCCCCUGUUUGAGCUCCAAAACAACGCUUCGAUAGCCUCUACAGCACCUCAACAACCCAGGAGCAGUUCCGAGAAGUACUUCUUGAAAGCACGACUUUCUUAUUCGCCAUUCACAUACAUAUUUAAUCUCACGGCCGGUCAAAAGUUCAUCCGCUUGUAUUUCUAUCCAACUUUGUAUCCAGACUUUGGCAGCUCUAAAGCUUUCUUCUCUGUUAAAGCAGGUUCUUUUACCCUUUUAAGCAACUUCAGUGCUUCAAUUACGGCUGCUGCCAUAGGCCAAGAUGCCUUUUUCAAAGAAUUCUGCCUUAAUUUGGAAGAAGGUGAAAGGUUAAACAUAACCUUUUCUCCAAGUCCAGACUAUCAACAGGCAUACGCAUUCGUCAACGGAAUUGAAAUAGUAUCCAUGCCUACCAAUCUUUAUUACACCGGAACAGACAGUAAGAAAUUAAAAUUUCUUGGCCAGACCUCGAACCCAGUAACCAGCAUUGAAAAUAGCAGCGCUCUUGAGACGGUAUACAGAAUAAAUUUGGGGGGGCGUCUACUUUCACCAGAACUGGACACCGGCAUGUAUCGAACCUGGUUUAGCAAUUACCUGGACUACUUGACAGAUGCUAGAACGGGCGCUAUUAUUAAGAACACUAGUAUCGAUGUCCAUUUCAGCGGAAUACCUAAUUACACUGCUCCCGUUGAAGUCUAUCAAACAGCCAUGUCGAUGGGAGACAGCGAGGAGGAUAACGUCAAUUAUUGGCUCACCUGGGAGUUUCCAGUGGAUUCUGGGUUUACUUAUUUUAUCAGGCUUCAUUUUUGCGAGUUUCAGGAAGAGAUAACAGAACAUGCCCAUAGAGUGUUUGAGAUCGAAAUAGCAAAUCAGACUGCUGAGACUGAAGCAGACAUCUUAGAAUGGAGUGGAAAAGGUAGUCCAACAUACAGAGAUUACGCUGUGAUUAUUGGAUUAAAACAAAAUUUAAAGAAGCAGAAUCUCUCUGUUGCACUCCAACCAGCGGAAGGAUGGAAGACUAACUAUUCUGAUGCCAUCUUGAAUGGCCUUGAAAUCUUCAAAGAGGACAAUCAAAAAAAUCUAGCCGGAUUUAAUCCUGACGAUCUCAUCACCCCAUCAGCGGUACCCCAGAAAAAUUCACGAUCAGCAAGUCCCAAAAAUAAUCGUAAAACCAUAGUAGCCAUCGUUGCUGGUGUUGCAUCCGGCUUUAUCCUAUUUUCUCUGAUAUUUUUUUUCAUUUCCCGGCGAGCAAGGAAGGUCAAUGACUCAGGUUCAAGCACUUGGGCUUCAUUAUGGGGCCCAUUUUCUUUUUCUACGACCAAGUCAACUAAGUCCGGCGGCUCAUCUCUACCGUCUGAUCUUUGUACCCACUUUUCACUAUCUGAAAUCAAAACGGCUACCAACAACUUCGAUGAUGUUUUCAUUAUUGGCGUUGGAGGGUUUGGUAACGUGUACAAAGGCUACGUUAACGAUGGGUCCACACCAGUCGCAAUCAAACGGCUGAACCCAGGGUCACAACAAGGAGCCAACGAAUUUAACACUGAGAUUGAAAUGCUCUCUCACCUUAGACACCUUCAUUUGGUAUCUCUCAUUGGCUAUUGCAACGAUAAUGGCGAGAUGAUCCUUGUGUACGAUUACAUGUCUCGUGGGACCCUACGUGAUCAUCUUUAUAAAGGCGAUCAUCCAUCUCUACCAUGGAAUCAACGGCUCGAGAUUUGCAUAGGUGCAGCCCGCGGGCUUCAUUAUCUUCACACAGGCGCGAAGCACGUCAUCAUACAUCGUGAUGUGAAGACAACAAAUAUUUUGUUGGAUGAAAAAUGGCUGGCCAAGGUGUCUGAUUUUGGAUUGUCUAAAAUGGGACCCACUACAAUAUCCCAAACACACGUCAGCACAGUAGUGAAAGGCAGUGUAGGUUACUUGGAUCCUGAGUAUUAUAGACGUCAGCAGCUUACUGAAAAAUCUGACGUGUACUCAUUUGGUGUCGUGUUAUUUGAAGUGUUGUGCGCUAGACCACCAAUACUUCGAACAGGGGAUAAGAAGCAAGUGAGUUUAGCUGUUUGGGCGCAACAAUGUCAUCGCAAUGGGACGCUUGACCAAAUUGUUGAUCCUUUUUUGAAGGGUAAGAUAGCGCCUGAGUGCCUGAACAAGUUCGCCGAGGUAGCAAUGAGCUGCUUGGAUGAUAAAGGAACCGAACGGCCAUCGAUGAGUGAAGUGGUGUGGGGACUUGAGUUCGCAUUGCAGUUACAGGAGACUGCAGAGAAGAAUGAGAAGUUUUGUGCUGAGGAUGAGAAUGGAAAGAAUGAGAUUCCGUUGAUGAAAUAUGAAUAUGAUGUUAAUAGCGGGGAUUUGUUCAGUAACAUUGGUGAACGUGUGUUGGAAUCAAAGACCAUUAGUACUGUGGCAUUAACAAGUAGUAGUGAUGAUCAAAGUCUUUCUACCAAAAGUUCUGAUGGUAGACGCGUUUCUGGAGCUGUCUUCUCUGAGAUCAUGAAUCCACGAGGGCGAUGAUCUUGUUCAUGACGCUGUCUAACUUGAUCGAGUCGGGGAUCGAUGUACUUUCCUUAGUUUGCUUUUCAUUUUUCCUAGUAAAAAUUAAGCAUGAAUUCAAGAUAAGAGCGAUUAUGUUUCAAUAGUUUUUCUAUAGCCAGCAAUCAUGAGAAGAUUUUGGUGCAAAUUAAAAUUUCCUUUAUUAUAACUUUUCUUACAACUGAUU